GAGAAAAGGAGGAACGGGCGAGGGGCGGAGCGAGAGAAGGAAGCCGCGGCUGCUAGUCCGCAAAACGCCGCGUCGGAGCCGGGAGUGUGGAUCUACACCAGUCCGGGGCUCCGAUUUCCGGUCUUCUAAGAAUCAGGAGGAAGAAACACCAUGUGGCUUAAUCUUUCGCUUGGAAACAUAGAGUUUUAAAAGAUGGCUGACAAGGCUGGAAAAAAUAUUUCAGGCCCACUGUUUAUUGAAGUUGAAUAUGAUUAUGAAUAUGAAGCAAAAGACAAAAGGAUUGUGAUAAAACAAGGGGAGAAAUACAUCUUAGUAAAAAAGACUAAUGAUGACUGGUGGCAAGUCAAAAAGGAUGAAAAUUCCAAACCCUUCUAUGUGCCAGCACAAUAUGUUAAAGAAAUAACCCGUAAAGCACUAAUGCCACCUAUUAGGCCAUUAGUUGGACUGCCAAACAACUCUCUAAAACUUGCACAUGGCUUACAGAGGUCAACAGAAAAUGUGAAUAAAUCUCCAGAGCAUUCAACUUCAGGGAAAUUGUAUCUAGUUCAAGCUCAGGAUGCCAACCAGAAUCUUGGAUCAAACAGUAGCCCAGGUCAGAAUACUGGACUUAGCAUAGAUCUUGCCCUAAACAAUGGAAAGUUUAAUGAUUUACAGUUUGUUAAAGUUUCCAAUCAGAACAUGAACUUAUCUGGGUCUCACUUUCAUUGUUCAGAAUGUAUGGAAACUGAGAAGACCAGCUUCUUGCAAGAACAAUCCUGUGAUUCUGUAGGUGAAGGAUCAGAAAAAAUCCACCAAGAUUCAGAGUCUGGAGAUGAUCUCAGUAGCAGCUCCACAGAACAAGUACAGCCAGUGACACCGCCAAACCAAGGAAGACCAGAUUCACCUGUUUAUGCUAACUUACAAGAACUGAAAAUUUCUCAGUCUGCACCACCACCUGUGCCUAUAAGUCCUGCAGUCCAAAUCAGUGGAGAGUGGGAGACCCAUAAGGAUAUCACAGGACGCUACUAUUAUUACAACAAAGGAACACAGGAGAGAACCUGGAAACCUCCACGUUGGACUCGGGAUCCAAGUAUAACGAAAGGAGACUGUUCGAACCAAGUAGAUCAAGAAACAAUUUCAACCCAAGAAAACUCUCACAGUCCUUGUAACAGCCAGACAGACAGUCAAUAUGAUUCUCCUCCCAAGGGCUGGUCAGAAGAGAUGGAUGAACAUGGCCAAACACAAUAUACCAGUGACCUCACCAAUGAAAAGUGGGUAAAACAUGUAGAUGAACAAGGUCGGCCAUACUUUUACAAUGCAGAUGGAACACGAUCAGAAUGGACUUUGCCCAAUUAUAAUGCUUCGCUACAACAGCAAAAAGAAAUAAUUAAAAGCAGAAGUUUGGAGAGGAGACUUCAGGAACCAGUAGUUUUAACAAAAUGGAGGCACAGCUGUGUUGUGUUGGACACAAAUGACAAGGAUUUCCCUUUUCCUGCAAAGAAUGCAUUUCCUGAGAAUGGAUCCUCUCCUUCCUCACCAAGGCAUCAAACCACAGACCAAGAGAAGUAUGGAUUAUUAAAUGUAACUAAAAUUACAGAAAAUGGGAAAAAAGUCCGAAAGAAUUGGAUGUCAUCUUGGGCAGUAUUGCAAGGUUCCUCAUUGCUGUUUACCAAGACUCAAGGAAGUGGAACUAGUUGGAAGUUUGGAGUCAAUCAGUCUAAACCAGAAUUCACGGUAGAUCUCAAAGGUGCAUCCAUUGACUGGGCUUCAAAGGAGAAAUCGAGCAAGAAAAAUGUGAUCGAGAUGAAAACACGCCAGGGAACUGAACUAUUAAUUCAAUCAGACAAUGACAUAUCUAUUAUGGAGUGGUUUAGAGUUCUUGAAUAUGCUAUCAGUAACCAGACAGUAGAGUCUGAAGAAGCAUUGGAUGAUGAAAUGCCAGAUUCGCCUGGACUGGAAAAACAAGACAAGGAAAAGGACCAUAGAGAUUCUAAAAAACUUCGUUCACUAAAAAUAUCUAGCAGUAUUGAUUCUUCGGAACAAAAGAAGACUAAAACAAAAUUGAAGAAGUUUUUAAUCCGCAGACCUACCUUACAAGCAGUCCGUGAAAAAGGCUACAUUAAGGAUCAGGUAUUUGGCUGCAAUCUGAGCAGUUUGUGUCAAAGAGAAAAUAGCACUGUGCCAAAAUUUGUGAAGCUGUGCAUUGAGCAUGUUGAAGAACAUGGAUUGGACAUUGAUGGAUUGUAUAGAGUUAGUGGUAAUCUUGCAGUAAUACAGAAGCUAAGAUUCGCAGUUAAUCAUGAUGAAAAAUUGGACUUGAAUGAUGGCAAAUGGGAAGAUAUCCAUGUCAUUACGGGGGCUUUGAAAAUGUUUUUUAGAGAACUGCCAGAACCAUUAUUCACUUACAGCCAUUUCAAUGAUUUUGUCAAUGCCAUUAAACAAGAGCCUCGGCAACGUGUUCAAGCUGUAAAAGAGCUGAUUAAACAGUUGCCAAAGCCAAAUCACGAUACGAUGCAGGUGCUGUUCAAACACCUCAAGAAAAUUAUAGAAAAUGGAGAGAAGAACCGAAUGACCUAUCAAAGUAUAGCCAUAGUAUUUGGCCCAACUUUAUUAAAACCUGAGAAAGAGACUGGUAAUAUAGCGGUUCACACAGUGUAUCAGAACCAGAUUGUAGAAUUAAUCCUACUGGAAUUGAACUCAGUCUUUGGACGUUGAAUUUGUUAAGCCAGACUGACCUUUGAAGGACAAAAACUCAGCUCUGACAAAACAGCAUCUCAAUAUAUAUUAUGUGUUUGUGGACCAAGCAGCAACUUGAUGGUAUUGCACUUUUUGGGGGGGACGGGAAAAGAGUGUGAUUUAUUUUUGCUGGGUUUUAGAAGCUAUUAACUUUGAUUUUUUUUUUUUACAAUAAAUGUUAUGGAUAUUACAAAGUUUAUAUGAUUCUAGUGACACUUAAACUGAAGAUUUUAUAUAAAUGUACACACUGGAUUUUUUGGGGGUGGUGGAAGAAGCUAAUUUCAGUCAGGAUUAUCUAGAAUGGCAUUUUAAUCUUGAUUUUUAAAUACAGGUUGUCCUCAACUUACAACUAUUAUUUAAUGAUCACUCAAAUUUAUAACAGUGCUGAAAAGGUUACUUAUGAUCAGCCCUAGCACUUAUGACUAUUUUAAUGUUCCCACAGUCGUGUAAUCAUGGUUUAUAUACUUGGCAACAAACAGUUGCAGUGUCCCAGGAUCGCAUGAUCACCAUUUGCAACCCUUCAAAAAGCAAAGCCAAUAAGGGGAUGCUGGAUUUGCUUGACCAACUGUGUGAUUCGUUUAACAAUUAUGGCAAAAAGUUGUAAAAUUGUCAUGGUCACAGCAACACAUUGCUUACUGACAGAAGUUCUGUACCAAUGAUGGUCAUAAAUCAACAGCUCUGUUACCCUAGACUUAUCACUUGCUUCAGAGAAAAUAAACUCUUUAUCAACUGAGUUGAAGAACUUUGUGAGCUUGUUUUAGCGAAUCAGUGCAAUGCAAGCUCACAAAUUAAAAUGUACAAGAAAAUUCCCAUUACUCAUUUACAGGUUUCUCUAUUAAUUUGACAGAUUAAACAAGUGCUAACAGUGGUCAGUGUAAAUUCCUUCACUACACCAAUUUUACUUGCCAUUGAUAUUGCUGGAAUUACUCAGAUUUUAGCUGGCUGUUUUUAACCACAUAUUAUUAUUGCUUCAGAUAUUGAAUUGGUGCAUAUAACCCGUGGAGGGUAUAUCUGAAGGGCUGGAGUGUAGUUACCUGAGAUGAAAUCAUAUUUAGCAAAUCUAACUGGAGGAUAAUAUUGUAGUGAAUUCUUGUAUGAAUCUGUGAUAGUGAAAUCAGAUGUAAAUACACACUGAAGUCCUAACUGGGUGUUUUAUUUUUUUAUUAUUAUGUGUAUACACUGUUGUAUACUUUCUACUCCUACACUUUGAAUGUGUAGAUUAAUAACUGGUAUUUUGGUGUACCUCGAAUGGGAUAUUCUGUUCCUAUAGAAAAAUGGAUUACUUGGAAAACUGUGUGCACUUUUAAAUGCUAACAUCUGCACGCCAAUAAUUCUAAUGCAAAUGGUACUGGAAAAAUACUGCUUGCUUUACAUGGUUAAUGCACUACAAGCAGAACCUCUGAUGUUAUUUAAUAUGUACAGGAGCUAUAUUAGAUAAAUAUAUUGCAAAUUCUAACAUCUAUAUAUUGCAGAAACGUAUAUUUGAAUAGAUGGAUGUCUGGAUGUAAUGAAAAUGCUGAACUUAAUGAUUCCUUUUGAUUUUAAUGAUGUAGAUUGAUUUGUAAAAUAAUUUCUGAAGGUUUUGUUACAGAAUACAUGGUCUGCAAAAGAUUUUUUUUUAAUUGUAUUUUUCUAGGCUAACUGCUGUAUCUGACAUUUGCUAGUGGAAAUGAAAUAAAACCGUUAGUUGUUUGGAAUGUGGUGCUUCAGAUUUGAAAUACAAGUUGUGCCAUAUUGAAACUAUAAAUACAAACCAACCAAUCAUUUCUUGGUUGCUGGUUAUAUAUUAUAUUAAUGAUGUUUGACUUACAAGGACUCAAUGAAUGCAUUGUUGACAUACAGUCCCAAUGGUCAUGAAAUAAGUAGGAGGGACUUAUUGAACAAUAAGAAUUGAUGGACAGUUGCCCUCACCAUUUUAUUUGAUUAAUUUAACAACAUUAAAGCAUUAUUUAAACACGUUAAUAUAAAAGGCUUUCUUUAGAAGAAAAACUCUAUAAUAUUGACCUCAAUGUAGAAAAGCCCAGUUCUAUUAUUGAUCAUAGAGGUUUUUGUAGAAGAAACAAUUUGCAGGUCACAUGUCCCUUAAGACAUCUGAAAACAAUGUGUGAUUUCUUGAGAAUGAAACUAUAUAAUACGUUCCUUUACUAGUUUCAGUCAGAAAGAUGAUCAUAGAAUUUAUUUUCUGCUUCUAUCUGUCUUUCAGAACAUUCUGGCCAGAAAUAGUAGCUUAUCAGUUAAAACUUUGCUUAAUUUCUGUAUUCUAUUUUAUGUAAUCAGUUAUAAAACUAAAAAAAAGUAUUGCUGGGGGGAAAACUGAUGGAAGAUUAGCUCUCAUCCCAGUUAGCUUAGAAAAUUAUCAUUAGAAUAAAUUAAAGACACUCUUUGUAUCAAAUAUCAAAAUUGCUAGAACAUGCUUAAACUUUGCUUCUUCUUUCUUAGAUAGAUAUUGAGAACAUUUAACAUAGUUUUCAAGCAGACUUUGUGAUAAAUGGCUUUUGCAAAUAUAAUUCUGGAAGCUAAUCACUCAACAUAUAUUCUUAUCAUUCUUCUCCAAAUAAGUUGUUAAUAGCUAGAAAUGUUCUUAAGUCAUGUAGCUGAAACACAGUAUAAUAGAUAUUAGCUCAGCUUAAAGGUGCAUCAUGGUUUGGCAAGAUAAGCCAGGAUCGCCUUGUUAAGCUUCUUCAAACAUCCUAUAAAUAUUCUGAACUACAUUAAUUGGAAUAUGUCUCAAAACAGGUGCAGUAAGUAUUCCUAGUUUUGAAUCUGUUUUAAUAAUAUAGUAUAAAACAGCCUUUCUCCAAAGAUUAUGAAGGAUUGGUAAAUUACAUUUAUGUUACUAAGAAGAUAGAACAAUUUAUUAUUGUCAUUUCGAAAAGAUGUGCAAUGAGAAAGUAUUCUGUCUUUUGCAAUUGACUAUAUUUGCCUUGGUAGAUGGCUAAUGAAUUAAUUGGCUUUGAUAUAUGAUAGUGUUAUUUCCAUGACUGCUGUUUCCUAAAUCUCUUUGAAUAAAACGUUGUGCCAAAAAUAGACUGUUAUUUAAAUAUUUCUUUUGAUUGUUUAAAAUUACAUAAAUAAAAACUAAUAAUUACUGAAAAUUGAAAAAAAGUAUAGGUCCUAAACAGAAUUUAUGAAAUUUUGGCAUAAAUUAAUAUUUUAAAGAAUCUGAAGUCAAUAUAAUGCUGCAAUUAACAUAUCAAAGCCAUUGGCUGUAAUACAUCAGUAUGCAUUUACCAGAAGUGUGCCUGUGUUUCAGAACAAAUACGUUGUGCUAAUUCAGGAUUUGCUUUGUUGGAAAUGGUUGUGUUUUCCCUGGGAUGCAGGGAGGCACUUAAUUAGUGGCAUUCAAGUUAUCUUGUACUUUUUAAAUUAAGAAACUGUGGAUUACUGUGAAAUGAGUUUUACUCAUUACUGGCAAUGGGUUUGAUGCUCUUUUUGACACAAAUAAACAUUUAACUCUCA